UUUUGAAAUAUUGAGGUAGCGAAAUUUAGCAUGUUAGCUUCUGUGUUUUGUGAAGACGUAGGCAGGCGCUGUUUGUUGUGAAAAGCUGCAGAAUUCAGUUAAUUGCUUUCAUUUGCAAUGGUGGAAAACCCCACAAAUGCAUCAUAUGAGGGAUGGUUUGUACAUAACAGUGCCAGCGGUUCCAAUUACUGACCAUGGAUAGAGAUUUACUCAGGCAGGCGGUGUCAUACCAUGGACAGAGCCUGUUUUCCCUUUUAAAAUGUGAACAGAGUGAAAAUCCAGACUUUAAGCAAGUUGCAUUGGAUCUCUCCAAGUCAGUGAAUCAAAGGGAUAAAGAUGAUGACAGUCCUGUUGUGGAGCAGUUCAUUGCUAGAAAGGCUGAUCUUCUAUUUGCUCCUUCAUGGAAGACCACUAAACCAGUGGAGGAUGAAUGGCAAGAAGACUUAAGAGAACCAUUUGCAGUCAUGCCUCCACUGGAGCAGUUCAUGGAAGCUUCUUAUGAAGAGAGAAGAGAACAUUUCUACAGAGAUGUGGAGCGGGGGGAUAUUGUUAUAGGAAGAAUAACUUCAAUUAGAGACUUUGGCUUCUUUGUUGUUCUUCUCUGCACUGCUGGAGACUUUGAGAGGGACGUUGAGGACCUGGAGAUUUCGGGUCUCUGUCCAAUAAGAGAUGUUCCAUCAACUGGAAACCAUGAUGAUCCUUUGUCUUAUUAUCAAAUUGGGGAUUUGAUUAGAGCUGGUGUGAAGGACAUAGACCGUUAUCAUGAGAAGCUGACAAUCUCACUGUAUUCCUCCUCACUGGCUCCAAACCUGGACCGAAUUAAACUGGGUGUAAUAAGCAAGGAGGAUCUACCACUUCACUACAUUCGUGGAGAAAAGGUGGCCAAUGACAGCAGUGAAACAUAUGAAAGGCUAUUGGACUCCUCACUGGGCUUUUCUAACCCAGCCAAUGUGGAUGUUUUGAUUGGAAAGCUGGGAAUUAAUGAUACACAGUCAACUUCGCUAAUGAGAGGACUACAGAGUAAACAUUUUAUGGAGGAUGAUUUUGCAAGUGCCAUUAGGAAAAAGCAGUCUGCAUCCUGGGCAUUGAAAUGUGUGAAAUUAGGAGUAGAUCAUUUCAAAUCUGGGCGACACGUUGAAGCGAUGAAUGAAUAUAACAAAGCUUUGGAAAUCGACACCAAUAACGUUGAGGCACUCGUAGCACGCGGAGCUCUGUAUGCAACUAAAGGCAGCUUAAUGAAGGCUAUUGAUGACUUUGAGCUGGCACUGGAAAGUUGCCCAACUCACAGGAAUGCAAAGAAGUAUCUCUGUCAAACGCUUGUGGAGCGAGGUGGCCAGCUGGAGGAGGAGGAGAAGCUGGUAACUGCAGAAAGCCUCUAUAAAAAGGCGAUCUCUUUAGAUGAAACAUUUCAGGAGGCAGAGGAAGCCCUAAGGAAGCUGCAGAUGCGCAUCCAGAAAACCCUUAAAUUGAAAGCUGAGGAGGCUUCUAAGGAGAAGGAGAAGCAGCCGACUGUGGAGACUAGUGCAGAAAAAUUGCGUAAGAUCUUAAAAGAAGAAAAAAGAUUGAAGAAGAAAAGGAGGAGAUCGGACUCUUCCUCAGUUUCAUCCUCUGACUCCGAUUGCUCCAGUGUGGAUUCCUCACCCUCAUCCAGCCGCAAAAAGUCCAAAAAGCGUAAGCACAAGCGAAGACGGUCCUCGCACGGCAGCAAGAAACACAAGAAAAGAGUUUCAUCCCGCGACAAUCGAACACCUGAGGAGCCGCAAGAGGAGGAGGAGGAUGAGUUUCCACUUCCUGUCAACAUCUCGGCCUCCUUCAUCAACGAGAAGCACACACUAGCCAAGCUCCUCAGCGAGGAACCUGAAGCAGAAGAUAGAUUGAAGUCUGGAGGCAAAAGCAGAGAAGACAGCAGAGGUAGGUUUGAAGACGAUCCAUUUGAGCUGGCCCAGAGUAGUAAGACUCAAGGCCAGCACAAUGGACCUGGAGUGAAUGGCAGGGGAAGAGAGACCGAGAAGCAAAGAUGGAAAUCUGACGAUGGCCACGGCAGCCGCAAAGACAGCUCUAGCUCAUCACAUCGUGAUUUCUCCAGGAGCAGAAAGGAUUCUUCUUCCUCGGCUCAUUCAGAGCACUCUCGCAAAUCUGACCGGCCUUCAAGGGAUGACUCUGCACAGAGCAGUUACAGGGGGAGGCCAGAGGUCAGCGAGUAUGAGCGAAGAGACAAAGCUGAUCAUAGGAACAGCAGAGGAAGCAACGGGAAUGAGCGUAGAUUAAGCAGUGGGGACAGGAGUAGGCCCUCAGAAGAAAGCCACAAGAAGGCUUUACCUGCCAAUUUACUAGAUAUCUUUAACCAGAUUGCAGAGUUUGAAAAAGAAAAGAAGCAGAAAAAAUAAACUGUACAAACUUAUUGUGGAUUUUCUGAGCUUUAAGAGAGGAAAUGUUGGAAAUGCAUACUAACACCUAAACAAUAUAUAAUUAUAGCAUAUACAAGCUUGUUUUUUUUUUAUACUCUUUCUUUGUCUUUCAUAUACUCUGAGGUGCCUCCAUGAAAGUGCACAGUGAUGACAGGUGUUUAUGCCAUGUAGAAAGCCUGUAUUUCUGGUUCAGAAAGUUUCAAGAGAUCCUCGUCUCACUGAUUUGUCAGAUAAAGGGAUUUUUGCAGAUAUGUUUCAUUCAUAUUUUUUGUCCUUUUAAAAUAUCCCCACAAUUUUUCUGUUUUAUUUUUGUACAUUACUUGAAUACAGCAGUUGCCCUUUACAUUGUAUAUUUAAUGAUGAAUGGACUAUCAGAAGUGGUAUAGAUUAACUCGGAAUGCAUUUCUGUUUGGUACACUCAAUUUAAAAUGGGCCUGAACAUGUAAAGGUGUAGUUAUAUCUGUAUUAUACCUGUAUUAGAUGGGUCUGUUCAAGUAACAAACUGUUAACAUGAUUGUGUAACACGCUCGUCCUGCCUUUAUGUGGCCUGUUUUUUUGAAAUGUGUAUUAUUCAAACUAUGUACAGUUUGUGCUUAUCUUAAUAAACAGACUCAUGACUUCCCA